AUGGGAUCAGUGACUUCAGGUGAAGGGUAUUUGAGUCUCACACCAGAACAACAAGAGAGCAACUCAAGUUCUUCAUCGGUUUUACCGUUAUACAAAGUUGGGAGGGUUUUGUAUCGGUACCCAGUUCCGGCAUGGUCUUCUUAUUUCUCCACAACCUUCACUGUCAGGAUUUCGGCUUUCGCAAAUACAACUGGCUCUGGAGAUGGAAUGGCAUUUGUUUUUGCUCAGGAUAGUAGUCCUUCUCCUCCUGAUAGCUAUGGCUCAUUUCUUGGACUCCUAGACAGAUCAACAGAAGGUGGGGUGAUUAAGCAAUUGGGAAUUGAGCUAGACACUUUCAUGAACCAAGAGUUCGAUCCAGAUGACAAUCACAUUGCCAUUGACACAACAAGCAUUAUGGACCCAGUUGCAAUACAGAGUCUCACCAGUUCAGGCAUCAACCUCAAGAGUGGAAGAGACAUCAAGUUCAGUAUUGAGUAUGAUGGUUGGAACCAAAUCCUCCAUGUUUCAGCUGGCUACUCUGAGAACCCACUAGUCACCAUCUUAAACCAUUCAAUCUCCAUGUUUGACAGUACUGUUCCGAGCUUCGUCUAUGUUGGUUUCACAGCCUCUACUGGAACUCUGCCUGAGAGCCACCAAGUCCGGGAUUGGGUUUUCACCUCCCUUAAGUUGCCAAAUCCUAGUCCUCCUGGGAAUGACAAAGUGCAUAAGAGAAAGACCAGGAACAUUUGGCUUGUUGAUGUGCCUGUUUUUCUAUGUGUGUUGGUUUUGAUUGCCUUUACUUACCCUUUGAUAAUGAGAGUUGUGAAGAGAAAUCACUGUGGUGGGAAUGAGAGAGAAGACAUAGAAAGCAGGACAAGAAAAGCUGUAAAUGCCCCUAAAAUGUUUAGUUACAAGGAAAUUUCAAGGGCCACCCAGAACUUCAGCAAGGAAAAUCUGAUUGGGGCAGGUGCAUUUGGAGUUGUAUACAAAGGCAUCAUACCAGAUGACAUUGAUGUUCCUCCUAAAACUAUUGCUGUCAAGAGGAUCACAGCAACCUCCAAACAAGGGGAAAGGGAGUACUUUGCAGAAAUAUGCACAAUUGGGCGCCUAAGGCACAAGAACAUUGUACAACUCCAAGGCUGGUGUAACGAAAACGAAAAUCGUUGCUUGAUCUAUGAAUUCAUGCCUAAUGGGAGCCUCGACCGUUACAUUGGAAAGGGCAUCCUUGAUUGGAAAACAAGGUACAAUAUCUUAACAGGUUUGGCAUCAGCAUUGCUGUACCUCCAUGAAGAAUGUGGCACCCCUGUGGUACACAGAGACAUUAAACCCAACAAUGUGAUGUUGGACUCUGAUUACAACGCUCAUCUAGGUGACUUUGGCCUAGCAAGACUAAUGCUACAAGAUCCCGAGUUUACGAUUCCCCUAGCCGGUACUCCCGGGUACUUGGCCCCGGAAGUGCUAGGGUUCGCGGGAAAAGCUACCCCGGAAUCGGAUGUCUAUAGCUUUGGAAUGGUGGUGCUAGAAGUGGUGUGUGGGAGAAGAUCAAAGGGUAUCUUCGACGACUAUAGUUUAGUAGAAAAUGUAUGGAAUUUGUACGCGAAAGACGAGCUGCUCGAGUGUGUGGAUCAAGUAGUGUUUGAUGGGAAAUUUGAGGAAGAACAAGUGAAGAGGACAUUGAUUGUUGGCCUUGCUUGCUUGCACACAGAUUUUACGCUCAGACCAAAGAUAAGGAAGGUGGUGCAGAUUUUGAUGAACCCAAAUGAGCCUCUACUGGAUUUGCCAGAUACAAGGCCAAGGCCUAGUGCAGUAUAUCUAUCAGUAUCUUCUUCUGCUCCCAGAACCACUAAUUUUGACUCUGCUACCAUGAUGAUAUAG